CAGUCGCGCCCGUUGGUUACUGAGCGCAAAAAGGGCCAGUGCGUGUACCAAACGCGCGCCGCGCGCACUAAAACCGCGUCUAAUCAUCGCCCACACACCUAACAUUGCUGCCCCGCGCCAAAAAACCGCGCGCGCAGCCGCGCCGCGCGCGUACACACACGACCUUCGCCACGAUGGCAUUGCCGCUGUCCUAAAUAGCGCACGCGCGGCCGUAGAACCACGCGCGUCGCUGCGUACAGCACCGCCGCGGCCUGUUGCGAGACCCCGUCGCGACGCGCCCCCAAAAAAUCGCGCAGCCGCGCAGCUCGCGCCGCGCCGACAAAAAAAACUUGAAGCGCGCCCGCGCGCACAGAUGAUUACGCGCAGGUUGUAGCAGCCGCAGCAGAAACUUCGUCCCGCACAGCAGAGCGCUUCGUCCACAGUGGCGCGAUCCAAGCCGCCCCUCCCUAAUCGUUGGUCGGUGGGCGGUCGGCGCCAGAAUUUCCGUUCGCGCGUCGCCGACGGUCGGUCCCGCCCAGGCUCGGGUCUCAGGUCACGGUGGAUGUAAUGCACUUAAAAGAAUCACGGUGGUAUCGCCACCAUGCGUGACGCGGCGUGAAAAUACAACACGAGCUCGCAAACGUCACCGGUGGAUUCGCCGCAGGUGUUGACGGCGGCCCGAGUCGACCCUACUAUACUCCCUACCCCAUAUCCUACUACCCCCACUACCUCAUACUACUCCCCACCUACUUUAUGGCCGGCCUUCAGAAUAAUCGUGGACGAAAGCGCCGCGCCGUGGCCGUCGGUUUCAAAUUGUUGACGGCGGCCCCUACUGCCCCCAUAUCCUACUACCCCCACUACCUCACUACUACUCCCCACCUACUUCAUGGCCGGCCUUCAGAAUAAUCGUGGACGAAAGCGCCGCGCUGGACGAAAGCGCCGCGCCGUGGCCGUCGGUUUCAAAUUGUUGACGGCGGCCCCUACUAUACUUCCUACCCCAUAUCCUACUACCCCCACUACCUCAUACUACUCCCCACCUACUUUAUGGCCGGCCUUCAGAAUAAUCGUGGACGAAAGCGCCGCGCCCGGGCGAGACCUCAAAUGACCAAAUUCGGCCGGUGACGUCGGCAGCCUCUCCCUCCCUGGCUGAAGCACGCAAGAAGAGAACCCUCGGAUGCGUAUGCGGGUGCCGGGGAGAUGCAAGAUGUUGGGCUAUUUGGUGCGGGUUUUCUAUGAUUACUCUAGCCCUACACGGGCCAGCCUUGGACUGGGGACAUAUGCGCUGCGUCCUCAGAGAGAUAUAGCCCACGGGGAACGGGC